CUUAUAGCCAAUACGGAGGUACUAGUGAAUGCUCAAGGAAAAGAGGUCACUGACAAAAAUGGCAUUGGAAGGAUCGACAUCGAUAAACUGGUAACGAAAAUUCGUGUUGGCGAUGGGAACAUCAGAUUGAAGGCUCCUCCUAGUCACACCGUGGCUGCUGACGCGGCAGCUACGUUCUUCAAUUCGAACCCACGGUUGGUCCUGGACAUCGCGAGCCCGAUCAUCGAGGACACAGCUGCUACUGUUAGCAGAGCGUUGGUCGCGAGAGCGUUAGGCGUGUUAACAAAAGAGGAAUUGUUACCCUAGUCUGCGAGUUUCAUCGGUGGGAAAUUAUCAUAAGUCUGUGGUCGUAAUAUUAAACGUCAUGAGUAGACUCGCGGAUAUUUAUGCAAAAUAAAAUAUUUCUAAUUGCAGAUUAAAAAAUCUGUUUUAAAUAAUGGUUUCAUUUAUCAUUUAAAUAUUCCAAUGUGGACUCUAAUGUUUCCAUUUUAUAAAUUACAUGCAGUAUUUAUCUUUUUUGCAUAUCCAGUUUUAUUAUAAAUGCAUAAAAUCUGCAGUCUAGUCAUAAAUAAUGUAGAAAUUGAAUAUUCGCAACAUU